UAGUUUUUGAACAGUGCAAGCAAUUGCUCGUCCAUGAGAGCAAAACGACGUCCCAACUCCCCCCCGAUCCACCUGCCCCACUGCAGGCUGCAGCUCACACCCAAACGCCUCACGCCCCGCCGCCAUGCGCAUCUUCGUGCUCUCCGGCCAGAGCAACAUGGCCGGCCGCGGCGGCGUCCACCACCGGCGCUGGGACGGCGUCGUGCCGCCGGAGUGCGCGCCGUGCCCCUCCGUCCUCCGCCUCACCGCCGCGCUCGACUGGGUGGAGGCGCGGGAGCCGCUCCACGCCGACAUCGACACGGCCAAGACCUGCGGCGUCGGCCCCGGGAUGGCCUUCGCCCGCGCCGUCCUCCCGCGCCUGGACCCGCCCGGCUCCGGCGUCGGCCUCGUCCCCUGCGCCGUCGGCGGCACCGCCAUCCGGGAGUGGGCCCGCGGGGAGCGCCUCUACGACCAGAUGGUGCGCCGCGCGCGCGCCGCGGCGGAGUGCGGGGAGAUCGAGGCCGUGCAGUGGUACCAGGGGGAGAGCGACGCCGAGUCCGACGCCGCCACGGCCGCGUACGCCGGGAACCUGGAGACGCUCAUCGCCAAUGUCAGGGAGGAUCUUGGGAUGCCUCAACUGCCAUUCAUCCAGGUUGCUCUUGCAUCUGGGAAUAAAAAGAACAUUGAAAAAGUGAGGAAAGCUCAGCUUGGUAUCAACCUGCCCAAUGUUGUAACUGUGGACGCAUUUGGACUGUCAUUAAAUGAAGAUCAUCUGCAUCUUACCACUGAAUCACAAGUAAAGCUUGGUGAAAUGCUCGCACAAGUCUACAUGAGCAAUUUUUUGCCAGCAACAUGCUAGGAGGAGUCCUGUCAGAAUGCUAGCGUAUCAGUGAAAACUCAAAUUGAUAGCAAGCCAUCCAGCUGUUGUUACUGUUGUACAAUAAUGGAAAACCUCUCUUAGGUGUAUCUCAGUGUAAAUAACAAAAACUUACUACCAUGAGCACUGUAAUUGUGAGGUUGGAGAUUGACAUUGAAUCGCGCUAGUUACGAGCCCUUACUCUGAAUUUGCCACUAUAUAGUGCCUUUUUUUUAAUUACAUGGAAGCUGUGCACAAAUACCUGUGAGUAUACCUCUUAUAACACAUGAUAAUGGAAGAGAUGAAGUCUAGUGACAAAUUCCUCGUCUUAAUAAAUUCCUGUUAAUCAGACAUAUACGUGUAACACUUGUUGGAACCAGGAUUUAAAUCCUAUUAAGUGACAAUUUGGCAUA